AUGCAAAGUAAAAUUGGCACAAACUAUGAGAAACCAACAGCACAAGCCAGUAAAGAAGGAGCUCGUAACUUGCGAGCUAAGUUUGAAAAUAUAGCCAGGAACACAGAAGAGGAGGUGAAGAAAAAGGCUGAAGAGGAAAGGAAAAAACGUCUAUUGUUUGAACAGCAGGAACGGGAAGAACAAACAAAGUUGUAUGAAGAAGAUGUGGAUAUUAAUGGAGAUGAGAAAAAAUUGGAGCAAGAGAGGUGGGAGGCUGAAAAUGAAUCUGAAGAUGAAGAAGAGGAAGAGGUGGAACCCAGGAAAAAAUAUGUCCCUCCCCAGUCAAAAUGUUAUGUUCCAAAUGCCGAGAUAAAGAGUUACCAGCGUGAAUCUAUUCUACGACAGACAUCAAGGGAAAAAGAACGAGAGGUAGUUGCACCUGCACCUGCACCUGCUCAAAUAGAAGAAGAAAGCGAAGUGUCAAAAACCCCAAAAGCAGAGCAAGAAUCUGAAUCGGCAUCAGAGGAGGUGGCCAAAUUGCAGCAAGAUGAUGAUGAUGCAGCAAAAAAGGAAAUUGUGUCUGAGAAACCAAAGGCAGAGAAAGAACAUGAAACAGUGCCAGAAGAUGUGACCAAAUGUCAGAAAGAUGAAGAAGCAGGCAAAACAGAAAUUGUGGAGAGUCCUCAGGAUGUAAACAGCCCAGAAUAUGAAGCUGCAGAAUCUGCUUCUCCUGGAGUGGAGGGAGAAAAUCUUUCAGCUAUUGCUUUAUAUGAUUAUGAAGCAGCUGAUGAUGAUGAACUUUCAUUCCAACCUGAUGACAUUAUUACUGGAAUUGACAGGAUUGAUGAAGGCUGGUGGAGAGGAGAAUGCCAUGGAAAGCUUGGUCUGUUUCCUGCAAACUAUGUGGAACUAAUUGAAUCAUAG